GACGUCAAUCCUCAGGCAGAUCGGCGCGCGCGCUUGGCAGAGAUUGGCAACAUUCUCAAGUCCCUGGGUGUUUCGGACGCUGAGUAUCGUGACAGGCUCGUCGCUGAACGCACUUACAUUCAGGAGUUGCUGCAGUCCGAGAAGCCCCUCGAGACCAACGUCAGCGCCCAGAAUCGGAAGGUCACGGAAGCUCGGAAGAAGAAAACGAACUGUGCCACAAAGGUGCUGGCUGCCAAGGAGGCCGUCGAGAAGGCCAAGGAGGCCUUGGUCAAAGCAGAGGCUGCCGACGCGGAGGCGGCCGCCAAUCUGCCCACCCUUGAGAGCGAGUUGCGUGAGAUCGUGGCCCGAGGUCUUCCUGCAGGGGGCGAAGGCAAGCCCCCUACGCUCAGCACGGCCAUUCCAGGACUCAAAGCGAAUGUCUCGCAGCUGGGCACCGUCCUGCAGUCUCUUGGUGGCUCUGAGCGCCUCACUGCUGGCAUGCAGGCCAUGGCGGAAAUGGUCACCAGGCUGGAGCAGGAGCCGUCGGCAACGGCACCGCCUUCGGAGGCUGCGAGACCUGCGGCACCUGCUCAGGAGCCGCCAAGGGACAAGGCCGAGGCCAGCCACAUGGACGUGGACGACAACGAGGCCACCUCCAAGCACAUUGAUGAGAUGGACGCCACAACUUGUCGUGAGCAUCUCAAAGAGUGUGGAGUCGACGUCCCAGCGCCUGGUGACAUUGAAUCUGAGGAUGACACACCUGCUCUGCGAGAUCAGCUCAAGCGGCAUUUGUCCAGCGCCCAGAGCCUCGCCAAGAAGCUCAAG